AUGUCUGGGAGAACCUCCGUUGCCGGACUUGGGUCCUGGGUGAACCCACCAACGAGCAUCUCGACGAUGCCCAAGGUGCACACUACUCCCGCGCUACACCUUCUACAAUGGCCCCUUAUUCGGGACCUGGUCGCUCGUCCCUACGAUCCGCAGACGUUACUGCAGCUUGAAAUGGCCCGCGAGCCGCUUAGAUUUCCUUCCGCUGCAGGGUUCGACUUGUCCAAUACAACAACGUAUGUACAGUCUUUUUUCGAGCGGGUCAAUGUCUGGUACGCCUGUGUGAACCCAUACACUUGGACACGCUAUUACAGUAAAGCCGUCUCUCUGGGAUUCCGAGAGGGACCCGAGAGCUGCCUUGUCCUCUUGGUCUUGGCUCUAGGCAGCGCCAGUCACUACGGAAGCAUCUCGUUCAUUCCUUCAGAUAUGGACCCCCCAGGACUACCUUACUUUGCAACAGCGUGGAAUCUUCUGCCAUCAGUAAUGAUGCGCAACUCUGUUUUGGCUGCUCAGUGCAUCAUCCUUGCGUCUGCCUACUUAUUCUACCUAGUCAGACCUCUGGAGGCUUGGACCCUCCUCUCCAAUGCUAGUAUGAAAUUACAAUUACUCUUCGGGGACCCCGCCCGUGUACCCCUUCAGUGGAGAGAACUGAGUGUGAGAGUGUACUGGAAUGCUCUCUUAUAUGAGAGCGACUUGCUGGCAGAGUUGGAUCUGCCUCACUCGGGCAUUGUGCACUUCGAAGAAGUUGUCGACCUUCCCGGUGGUUUCGAGGAGGAGGAGGACGAAGAAGAUGAUGAAGCUGACAAUGAAGAUCGUCAAACCAGCUUAGUAGAGGGCUCGGUAGGCCGCGAGGAACUAUGGUAUUUCCUUGCUGAGAUCGCUCUUCGGCGACUCUUGAAUCGCGUCAGCCAUAUGAUAUACCAGAAAGAUAACUCGCUGACUCUUGGAUCACUUGGGCCCAUUGUCUCGGAGCUGGAUUUCCAACUUUCCCAGUGGUAUGAGAGUCUCCCUCAACCAGUCCAGUUCCCCCUCAGCCACACACCGAUUUCCAACCCUGUCCAGACAGUCCUCCGAUUGCGAUACUACGCGUGCCGGACUAUCAUAUACCGGCCAUACAUCUUAGCUGUCUUUGAGAAUGAGCACGCUGCGACUGAUCAGGUAGUAAGGGAAUGCUGCCGGCGGUGCUUGGAGGCCACGCUGCGCCAGCUGGAGAAUAUUACCAGUCACCGCGAAGGCCAUCUGCCCUAUCUCUGGCAGGGCGCGCUCUCUAUGGUAUCGCAGACAUUGUUGAUCAUGGGGGCCACGAUGUCCCCCGGACUCUCCACUUUAUUGCCUCCGGGAUUCCGAGUGGAUGCGAUAAUAUCCAGUGUGAUGGCCGAGGUUGAGAGAUACGCACACCUUGCGCCGAGCCUCAAAUUAUCUGCAGAGAUCAUUCGCGACGCAGAGAAACGACGGCAAAUUUGUCUCAGGUCGACCAGUCGACGAGUAUAG